ACAAUAGGUGGCGGUAUGCACCUAAAGAUUGCUUGUAAUCCGCCAUUGUAGAAAAGAGGAAGAAGAAGAAGAACGCGGAAACGAACCAUCCAAAAGAGGUUUGGGGCUGUUUGACCUUUAAGAAAGUCGAGUGUGUCUGCGUGGCUUUUAAAAAAAAGAGAAAGGCCUAACAACUGGUUGGUACCAAAAAGCCUGAGAGCAUGGAAGAGGAAAUGUUCGAGGACACUCUGCCUCUCCGGCAGGACCUGACGUGUCCUGUGUGUCAGGGUGUCUUCAGGGACCCCGUCCUGCUGCCGUGUUCCCACAGCUUCUGUCGGGAAUGUCAGCAGAAAAACUGGGAGUUCAACAACAGGACGUGUCCCGUCUGCAGAGUUCCCUACGAAGAGGGCAGCGCUAUCAGUAACCGAGCCCUCAACGACGCCUGCGAGAGCUUCCUCAAGCAGAACAAUCUGCGGCCCGUCCAGGUCCAACUCAAGGAGGAGGUCUGCAACCUGCACCUGAAGCCGCUGGGGCUGUACUGUGAGAAGGACGAGGAGCCGGUCUGCGUGGAUUGUGUCUCCCAGCACGCCGGACAUAGGCUGUGGUCCCUGAAAGAAGGCACAUCCAUGUGCAAGGCAGAGCUUGGCUUCAAAGUACAGAUUUUUGAAAAGAAAGUGGAAUUGCACAAAAAGAUGACCAAGAAGUUUAGCAAUGCAGUGGAGUAUAUCAAGCAUCAGGCUUCGGAAGCAGAGAAAAUGAUCAAGGCAGAAUUUGAGCGACUCCACCUGGUGCUUCACCAGGAAGAGGCCAAACGACUGGAAGCUCUGUCCAUUGAUGAGCAGGAAAAGAUCGAAAGCAUGCAGAGAAUGAUUAAGGAGACAGAGAGGGAAAUGAAAGAAUUAAAGACCCUCAUUGACACAAUGAAGAAAGAGAUGGGAAAUGAGGAUUUGGCCCUCCUGAAGAAUUUUCAGAAUGUAAAAAGACAAGCCCAGUGGGUUGAACCCGAUCCAGCCUUUCUUUAUGAUUCCCUUAUAGACAUGGGUAAGCAUGUUGGCUCGCUGGGCUUCAACAUAUGGAAAGACAUGAAGGAUCAUAUCAAAUGUUACCCAGUGGUGCUCGACCCGAACACAGCUUCCCCGUGGCUGUCCCUGAGCCCUGAUCUCACCACCAUGAAGGAGAGCUCAGAGCGGAUGACCGUUCCUGACAACCCAGAGCGCUUUGAUCCCAUCGUCUUCGUCAUGGCGACGGAAGGAUACAAAACCGGUAAACACAAAUGGGACGUCAUUGUCGGUGACAACCCCAAGUGGAUCCUGGGAGUGUGCAAAGAGGUUUUGACCCGGAAAAAGAAGUUCACAGUCUCCGCAAGUCGUGGCGUGUGGGCCCUAGGGCUGAGUAAAGGGGUGUAUACUGUCCACACUGAUAAGCGUACAGAGGUGAUGGUGCCGCAGUGUCCUGAAAAAAUACGCAUCAAGCUAAAUAUGGAUAAGGGAGAGGUGUCGUUCUGGGAUGGGGGGAGAGAGAAGCACUUGGUCACUCUUACACACAAGUUUGAAGGGAGAAUAUUCCCAAUUUUUGGCCCUGGGCUUCAUACUACUCCUAUGGUUCUGGUUCCUGGAAAAAUUGCUAUACACACAUAAGCGGCCUCCUCCCCACAAUAUUACAGAAAGAUUCAAGUUGAUCAAAUUUUGGAUGAAUUUAACUUAAAAAAAAAGAGAAAGCUUUUAAUGCAAAGUUAGGUCUGUACACCCUACCAAAUAGGUUUGCUGUGGAAAAAAAAAUCUGAAUUGGAUUGAAAAAAAAUUGGAGAUUAGUUUGCUAUUGCUGCUAAAUGUGUCUUAGACUAUGUCAGACAUCUUCAAGUGUAAUGCUUUAUUUCUAAAGCCUACAUCAACUAGAUUUUGAUGACAAUUAAGAUUUUCUUUUAGAACAUAUUUGUGCAUAAAGUAAAACUCACUGUUUAGGGUUCAUGUUAAGAAUGGAAAAACUGUUUAGUCUCUAUGCCUUUUACAAAAUAAAUGAUUAUGCAGCAAAAAUAAGAAAAUGUGACCAUGUUAACUACAAUUGUACCAUAGGAAACACUUAGCUUUUAAUAUUUGUUUUGUUUUUGCCAAUUCAAAACUACAUACUUGCCUUUUUACUCGUCUUGGUGUCUGUUUCAAUCCUUAGAAAAAACUAAAGAAAAAAUAUCUAUCAACAUUCUGCACUUUAAAUCUUGGCAGGGGUCUUAAAUCAUUUUAAUCGUUUUAGUUUUUGUUUUAAUUUUUUUAAAAUGGUGGUGGUGUUAAACUACGUCUGUGUUAGCUUGAUCAGAAUUGAUUGUAUUAGGAAGCUCAUGUUCUUCACUUUUUUCCCUGACUAUGACGUACAAAAACUUAAAGCAGUGUAAACUGAAUCAGAAUGCAGAAAAUGUUAUCUAACACUUCAAUCAAGUGGGUUUUGUCUCCUACUAAUCAUAUUUUAAUGUUCUAAAACGUACGUCAAAUGUAUUUCAAAAUCCAUGAGCAUUUUUGAUAAGUUAUCCUACUCUUCAUCUAUAUUGUUUUCUUUAUAUAGUCCCUUGAUAUGAUUUUUUUCACAUUUUGUUAAAAUUUUCUUUGAUAUAUUUUAAAAUAUUCUUGUUUUCUUUUUAUCUCAUUAAAGGACAAAUGCAGACUGUU